AUGUCUUCCACUAACAGAGGAAGUGGUCCAGCUGAAAAUGCUGUCAAAAAUGCUGAAAUUGAGGCACCAAAUGGCUCAGAGAAGACUCAAACUGAUCCAUCAAAUGAAGUUGUAAUAGAAGACUCUCUUCCACUACAGAAACCUAUUCCUAGAAAGCUUAUCUUUCACAAGCCCUUAUCUGAUAAAAUAAAAUUCUACCAAGGAAAAAAGGAAAUGAGAAUAAAUGAUUACUUUCUUAGUUCCAUACAUGACAAAAUGCUACAUUCUCAUUUCCUGUGGUGGCAAGUCCCAUUCACUAAUAUUGAUGAGAUAAAUAGGAUGUUUAUUCACCUAAUGUGUGGCAGAUAUUUCUCUCCACCUUUGAGAGUGUACUACUACCAUCCAGUUCUUGAAAGAAUGACUCCAAGAAAAACUAUAAUCAUAGCCUACAAUAAUAAUUGGAAAUAUCUGUGUCCCAUCUGUGGAUGUGAUUUCAACAAUUUUCAAGAUUUUAAACAUCAUUCCUGUAACUUUUCUGGAAAUUAA